AUGAGGUAUACGUCCUCGAUACUUUUCGUCUCGGCGAUUAUGAACACAUUAUGUAGAUCAUCCGCCAGGCGAGGAAGUUUGGCCUUUGGGAACUUAGCUAGUGUAACCACCAAUCGGGCCUUCUCCAUUCGGAUUCCCCAAUCCUGGCGUUACCACCACGACGAUCGUUCCAGCCGAGACCAUCGUCCUCCAUACGAACCAACUCUAUUCUCCUUGGCCUCGGCAAGCUCGGUCGACGCGGAUAACGUAUUUUUCUCUCAAGACCACGCGGAUUUCGCUUCGUUGGGAAUUCAGUCUCCCGUCCUGCUCGAACGAAUCGAGGCCUUGGGCUUGCGGCGACCGACAGCAGUCCAAGCCGCCGCGUACCGUGACAUUUCCGCUGCGGAAGGCGACGUCAUGGUGGGUGCCGAAACCGGCACUGGAAAGACUCUCGCGUAUCUACUCCCACUCCUCGACGACAUUUUGCAACGCAAAGCGAACGCGGCCGACACCAAUACUAGUCUGGGAUACGAUUACGCCCGCGCCAUUAUACUGGUUCCCAACAAAGAGCUCGUGCAGCAAGUCGUGCGUAUGGCGGUGAGUUUGUCCGGUGGUCGUCAAUCGCUCGUGUACGGUGGAUCGGCCCUACCGGAUGCGGCGAACUUGCCGCCCACGGAUGACGCCACGCUCGCCAAGGAUACGGUGCGCUUGGCGAUCCUCCCCGGGGGACUCCGUGAACUGCAGGAUUUUCAACCCUUUCGCAAGGCAAUUGGUUUGGGAGGAAGCGAGCCGCCGGUGGAUCUGGUCAUCUCGACACUAGCCGCACUCGGUGUCCUCGGACUCAAACCGGCAAAUAUUGACAUGUUUGGCGAUAUCCGCACCUUGGUCGUGGACGAGGCCGACAUGCUGCUGGAUGGCGGAUAUAUUCGGCCCUUGGAAAACGUCUUGAUGGGAUUUCGACGCGCGGAUCGCCUCGACCCCACUCUGGGAGUUCCCAGAACACAGCACGUAUUUGUCGCCGCCACGUUGCCCGAUUUUGGAACCCGGUCCGUCGACGCCUACCUCAAGAAAAAGUUUCCGUACGUCAGUCAGGUUACCAUGGCUGGUAUGCACAAUGCCCGCCAUUACGGAUUGCGGGAACAGACUUUAUGGAUGGAGGAAGAGAGCAAGAAAACUCGAAUGGAAAAGCUGGUGGAAUUGUUCGGAACACCCGUCACGGAAGGCGGUCUGCAGGACGAAAAAGUCAUGGUCUUUUUGAACUCGGUCGACGACGUGGAGGGUGCGAAUCAAGCACUACAGCGGGCCGGCCUGAAAGUACUCCCGUAUCACGCCAAGGUAUCGUUAGACGAGCGUACCGCAACGCUGGAUCGCUUCCGCCGGUACGACCCGAAAUCUCCGGACGGCGAAGGUACCGUCCCGAUUUUAGUGUGCAGCGACUUGGCAGCCCGAGGUAUUGAUGUACCGGGUGUGAACACUGUAGUACAACUCCAGUUCGCGGGGAACGUGGUGGCUCAUUUGCAUCGAAUGGGCCGUUGCGGUCGAGCCGGACAACGUACUGGACGGGGCAUUGUAUUCUAUGACGCCAAGGAACGGGAGCUUGUCGAAGUUGUCCAGCAAGCCGAGAUCCAACAGAAUAGGAUGGUCCUACCGGGCGAUGUAAUUGAACUAGCCGGCGAUGAACAGGACGGGUCCGUCAAGAAUGCCUUUAGUCGUAAACGAGGCUUCUCAAAGAAGCGCAAGAAGUUGCGAAAGGAAGCGGACAGCUGUCUACGUGUAGGUGGUGUCCGUGGUGUCUCUUUCUGUAUUGGAGGUUCCUUUUUAGAGACCUUUUCGGCUCGCAUCGGUUGGGUCCGUUUCGGCUGGUGGCGUCGCGGUUGGGAUCGUGUUGGCGGAGUGCAAACUACUUCUGAGUCAUCGGCUGCGGAUUGCUCUGAGGCAUCCGAUUCCGAAGAGUCCGGGGACGAGGAUCCUGCUGGGGGUAGAGGUGGCGGUGGUGGUGGCGGUGGCGAAAUGGAACCCUGUCCCGUUCGUGGUCUUUUGGGGAGCGAACCCGACGAAAUGUUGGACGAGUCACUGCCUUGUCGCUGUAUCGAAAGACGCUUGUUCAUAAGAGCUGGUGGAAGGCGAGCCAUGCGACGAUUAGGCACUACACUCUUAACAAUCGUUGCGGCCGUCUUCCCAAGUGGCUUCGCCUGUGCUCGACUUCCGGCGAGUCCUCUAGACAACGGCAUACCCGGAGGCUUCAUUGUCAUCUCCAGAGGCGCUUCUUUCUGAAUAACGUUGGCGGCUCGCGAGCUCUCGCGGUAUAUCUCCAGCAAUUUCUGAUAAUUUUCAUCCGUCGGCGCAGCUAAGGCAAGUGAGCAGGCUUGGGACAUGGUUUCGUUCGAGAGAACCUUCAACGCUGCAGUAUAUUCAACACUUAUUGUUGGUGGCCUCGCUAUAGUUGUACGGGGCAUUAUACCUCCGACCUUUCGACUCGCCAUGUCUUGGCUUCUUGGAAAGCGUCAAGACUAGAUAGUAGCAGAUAGCAGACACAACUCUAGCCGGGUACCUAACAGCAAGCACGACAGUUUCCAACGUCAAAAGCGGCGUCGUCCUGUCGACCGCCUUUCGAUUUGCUUUUACUGUUACAGUUAGUGGAAAUCGCGUUGGCGCCAAAACAAAUGGCCACUGCGGGUAGUCG